AGCCGCUGCGGCCCAGGCCGCUGCCAGCGAGCCCGAAGCUCGGGAGGCAUGACGCCCGACUCCCCCGCCGCGGGCGGCGCGGCGGAGCUGCCGGGCGGUGGGCCGCGCGAGGGGCCGCAGCGGCCGCAGGGGCGGGGGGGCCGCCGGGGAGAGCCGGAUCGCGGAGGGGCGCCCGCCAAGCAGCUCGUGGACGCCUUCUCCCGCGGGUCCAGGAACCACGACGCGGACCAGUGCAUGCCGUGCCGCCACAACCUGACCGGGAGUCCUUGCCCGCAAGGGCGCCUGUGCAACUGCUGCCACUACAGCCAUGGUCCCGAGAAGUUCCUCGCAAUGAGGCUCCACGGGUUCCUGAGAGAGUCCAACGACCAGUUCAGCAGGGUUGCGACCGCGCUGCCCGCGCACCAGCGCGCGCGCCUGUGCAGCGUCGCCGCCCGCGCCUGGCUGGGCUCGCCUCAGCCCCUGGCUGCCACUGCCAGCGGCGGCGCGGGGCAGGAGGUCCGUGCCGUGGCGGCGGGGCUUGCAGAGGCGGUGCCUGCGGAGGCGGUCGCCCAGGUGUCGACGAGUCUGCCGUUGACUGCGCCGCCGUUGGUGCUGGCGGAGGCGAUGCCGUCGCCGCUGCCACUGCUGCCGUCCUCCUUUGGCCACCUCACCUCCGAGCAGCUCGUGCUCAUGCUGGAGGAGGCCAUGCCGGAGCGCUACGAAGACUGACCUCUGCGCCGCCUGCGGGCGCUCAGGUGAGCAGGACGAGCGGCUCCUUCGUCUCCCUCGGGCGUGGUGCUCUACCCGCUUCUCCUCUGCCUACUCCAUCGUGCGCCGCGGCGCCGGCUUCGGGAGCAGAUAAUGUGAGCCUCGCAUGUUCUCGCAGCUCCGUCUUCGGAGUGCAUCCGCGUGCGUCAGCGUCUGGUUGUCGAUGAGAGGGUGCCGAUCUGGCCUCGAUUCGCGCCGGUGUAGCGUCGAUCAGCGUCGAUUAGCGUCGGUCGGCGCAGGUUCGCGGGAGCCAGCAAGAUGGCAUGGGAGGCCCCCGCGAGUUGCCGCAGGACGGCGGCCCUCGUGGACGGCUUCGCUCGCAGCCGUCGGCGAAGCGCAGGGCCGUCCUGAGCGGGUGGGGCCGCGGUCUGGUGCCAGCAGUCGCCCCGCCUCGGCUGGCGCGGGGCUGGUGGUCAGCUGAGCGUUGGCCCACGCUCAGCUGACCACCAGCCCGUUGGCACAAGCCCUCGCUGCAGAGGCGACAUUUUUUAUGUUGUCCGAGAGUCAUAGCCAGGAGCAGUUCACAUUUUGAUAGGUCGCGUCUUGAGCAGGUCACAUGCUGCUCGAUGGCGUCCCGACCAACCAAUCCCCCUCUUCCUCGUC